GCACUGUCAAUUGAAACCGCGAUAGUCAGCGGCGGUGCGUGUGUGUUACAGCUGGUGACGCGAGAUCGGCGUACACAACGUCGGCGCGACGCGACGUUCACGUACCGCGAACGCGUGCAGCCGCGCGGCGACUCGAUCGUGUGCCGAUUUUUCGCGAGGGUUCCGCGGUCCCAAGAACCGACUCCUGUUGGAGGACCAUUCGCUAAGACAGGACCGAGGUCCUGGUUCCACGUGGACCUGGUAGCGCGCCCAUGUCAUCACCUUGCGACACGUCGAUGUGACUUCGUUGGAAUGCGAUCAAUCCGGUCGAGGACCUCUCCGAUCCGUCAGAUCGUCAUGCCAUCAUGAAUGCCACGGGCAGCAACAGUGGCGUUAACGGCAACGACAGCAACAACACGGUCCCGAGCAAGACGAGCCUGCACGGCAACGCCGGCCGUCUCCAGAGCGUGAUCGGCAAGCAGAGUGGCUGCGUGCGCAAGAUGAGCACGAUGCCGGAGGAGGAGGAUGUGUCGGACGACAUGGAUCCUGACUCGGCCAGAACAGGACACCAGCACUAUCAGCAGCAACAUCAUCAUCACGCGGACGCUGACUCGGACUCGCCGUCCGAGGAAAGGGGUCGUUUGCUGAGCACCACCGAGUCCGGUCGGAAGAUCACCAUCACCCCGGCCAGCUCGUUGAAUCUGCACUGCAACGGGCUGAAAAAGGGCAUCCCCAGAAACGACAGCGCCGGCAGCAUCCACGAGAAAUCGCUCCGGCUACACCAGUACAAAUCGGGGGAGCAGGUCGGUCCCCUGGAGACCAGGCUCUACCGGGACAAUCCUCAAGGUGUGCUGAAGUUCAGCCGAGGAGUCGACUCGCACGGCGGACGACAGCAUCGUUGCUCCAGCGUGAGGUCCGUCAAGUCGAAUCCUACCAUGGACGAGCACGGGGACCACCAUCAGUAUCAUCCGCCGGCGGCCAGCUGGGCGUCCAUUCUGUUCGCCGACGGAAACGGGCAGGCCCACGUGCGGCCGUUUCCCGAUUCCAUGUCUAUACGUUCCCUAGCAUCGAUCGGCAUGGGCUCUUCCGACGGCCGGAAGCUCACGAUACGUAGAGUUCCCACUUCGCCGUCGGAGCUGCUUAACAUGGUACAUCCGCCGCCAAUUUUAGAUUGGAAAUAUGACAACUUUGCUGCAGGAAAUACGCCUUCUAAAUUUACCCUGAGAUCAUUCGAGGAUGACCUGUCCGUGUGUACCAGCCUCGACGACGCAGAUGCCGAGGACCCAGGGGACUACAGACAACCGAGGCGACCGCACUGGGCCAACAAAGUGCAAUUUGUCCUUGCUUGCAUCGGUUACUCUGUUGGCCUCGGUAAUGUUUGGAGGUUUCCUUAUCUAUGCUACAAAAGUGGUGGUGGUGUGUUCUUGAUACCUUACUUCCUAAUACUUAUAGUCUGUGGGGUACCAUUGUUGUACAUGGAACUUAGCAUCGGACAAUUCACUCGACGAGGACCGAUUGGUGCUCUCGGUCAAAUUUGUCCCUUAUUCAAAGGGGCUGGCUUGUCAUCGGUAGUAAUAUCAUUUUUAAUGUCGACAUACCAUAAUGUGAUAAUAGCCUACGCUAUAUACUAUUUCUUCGCGGCGUUCAGAGAAAAGCAACCGUGGUCCGACUGUGACAACUCAUGGAAUACCGUGGCUUGCUGGUUACCAACUUUCAGUGCCAUCGACAAUCGUACCCGACCAAACGCUUCCAGGACGCCUUCAGAAGAAUUUUUCGACAACAAAGUACUCCAGAUGAGUAAAGGAAUCGAAGACUCUGGAGCACUCAGAUGGGAGCUAGUUGCCUGUCUAAUUACUGCCUGGAUUCUGGUGUACUUCUCCGUUUGGAAAUCUAUAAAAUCGUCAGCACAAGUUAGAUACCUCACGGCUACACUACCGUUCGUUUUAAUCGUUGUCUUCCUUACGCGAUCCCUCACCCUCGAAGGUGCUGACAAGGGUCUACAAUUCUUCUUUCAUCCGCGAUGGGAGCUUCUCGGUGACGCAAAGGUGUGGAUCAACGCAGCUGCACAAAUCUUCAAUUCUGUCGGCAUAGCGUUUGGCUCGAUGAUAUGUUUCGCCAGUUACAACAAAUUUCACAACACCAUCUUGGUAGACAGUGUCGCGGUAUCGCUUAUAAACGCGUUUAGCAGCCUGCUCGUCGGAAUAUUUUCAUUCGCCACCAUUGGUAAUAUCGCCCUCGAACAAAACAUGUCCGUCGAAGCUGUUCUUACAGAUGGACCUGGCCUGGUAUUCGUCGUUUACCCGCAAGCGUUAGCCAAGAUGCCUGCGUCAAAACUGUGGGCCGUGUUAUUUUUCUUUAUGCUAGUCUGCCUUUCAUUGAAUAGUCAGUUUGCAAUAGUGGAGGUGGUCGUAACAUCAAUUCAAGAUGGCUUUCCGAAAUGGGUAAAGCGUCAUCUCGUGUGUCACGAAAUGUUAGUACUUCUAGUAUGUGUAAUAUCAUUUUUGUUCGGUUUGCCUAACAUUACUCAGGGCGGUAUUUAUUUCUUCCAAUUGAUAGACCACUAUGCGGCAUCGAUAUCGAUCAUGUUUCUAGCAUUCUUCGAAGUGAUCGCGAUAUCCUGGUUUUAUGGCGUCCGACGACUUUGCAACAAUGUGAAAGAAAUGACUGGACGACUGCCAUCUUCGUACUUCCGGUUCUGUUGGCUAAUCGCAGCGCCUCUCCUUAUUAAGGCUGUGUGGGUGUUCAGCUUAAUUGAUUAUGAGCCACCGACCUACCACAAUGGCGAAUACGAGUACCCACGGUGGGCAGAGGCGAUCGGCUGGGGAAUAGCUUCUCUUUCUCUCAUUUGCAUUCCCGCGUUUGCUAUUUACGAGUUCAUCAAAGCCAGCGGCAACACUUGCGCCGAGAAAUUGUGGAACUCGAUUAAGCCGCAUUUCGAGGCGUGCAAGAUCUGCGGUCAAGAGUACUGCACCGAGCCUAUGCAUAAUUUCGAGGAGGACAUGAUAAAAGAGCAGCAAGACCCGAACAGCCCGAUACAACUUACUACCAACAGCCUUCUACCGAAAUCGCCGUCAUGAUCGAACGAGGAAACCGGAUAAAAUCGAUACGUAACUUCGAGUACCUUCGUUUGCAACAUCGAACGAUCCCGAAAGGCGUAGUUAAUUAUUGAUCGAAAUGAAAGCCGAGACGUCUUCCUGCUUCGACGUUUAGAAGAAUGGGACACUUUUAGGAUUUGACUACGGGAAGAGAAGCAUCGAUCGGAGCUUGUCUAUAUUUUACGGAAAUUUUGAUUAACUAUUUAUCAAAGUUUUGUGAUUCUUGUAGAUAGAAAACUGAUACAUGGCGAGACCCGUGUAAGGUUUAUGCACAGCUUUUUACGAGAGAAUGAUUCCCUUCGUUGAGCGUAUUUUAAUUUUGAUCGGCAUGAACUUUUUUUGGAGAUUCCGAGCCGACCGUGAUCUGAUAAAGAUUAUAUCAAAAGUAAUCGAACUCAGCGGAAAUAUUUCAUUUGGAUAGGUGACUAUAGCCAUCUUUAGGAGGUUUCAAGAAGCAUCUAGCGGCAGACAAUUAUAGUCAGCUUUGAUAACGAAAGGAUUAUCCGUUUUUUUUAAGUGUCAUUAAGCUAAUCUGGAGGACAGUCGUCUCGCUUAAUUACGCUGACAUUAAAAAAUAAUUUUACUUAUCUUGGAACGAGAUUGCGGAUUUUGCGCAUUUGUGGCAAACGUGAAUGUACAAUAUCGUAAGAAAAAUUCGGAUAAAUUCAAGAAUGCUGUUACUUGAUUUUCAGCUUAUUAAAAUAAAUUCUGUAUCAUUUGUCAGAAUUGUUUUCAGUAUCUACUCUUAUGUAAUUACUCAAGAGGAAUCAUUAUCUUAAUCGUGACACAGUAAAUUAGCCCUAAAUGAAUUAUUUAAGUUUAUAAUAUUCCGUAAAUUAUUGCAAAAAUAGAACUAGCAACUUUUUAUAGCCUUUUAUUUAAUUGGUAAUAGCUGCAAAAUAAGAUACGGUUCGGAACGUUGUUGUUAGUUUAGUAAUCGGAAAACUGGUCUCGCAACGAUUUUAUUGACAGAGGCGAACAAUGCUACACGCGCAUAAUCUUUAUUCGAACGCAAAGACAAUCGACAUUCCGUUACUUCGUGAUUUGUGUACAGUGAUGCGCAGAUUUGUUCAGUUAAGAACAUCGUGAGGUCGAAUUUUGAGAAAUCAAUUUUCGAGGUCACUUAGAAUUGGACAUGAAAGAAGGAGAAUUGCGAGCUUACAAAUAAUUACGAGUUUUAAAUAAAAAAUGAAAAUAAUUUUGUCACUUUUCUCAAACUUCGUACAAUCAGACUUCCGUCAAUAAAUUCGAACAAAUAAAUCGCAUAGUUCAAUACUUUAUUCGAUCAUACAUCAACCUUCGAAUUAUCAUUAUUUUUAUUAUAAUAUGCAUAAUUAGUUAAGCAUAUUAUAGAAAAGCGAACUAUGUAUACAAGUCAUUUCGAAGAUUACCUCAUUCUUUUACCUAAAUUGUAACUACUACUUCGAACAAAAAAUAGAACAUAACUUUUCUGUAUUUUCGUUAUUACUCACAUCCAUUUAACAAAUAAAAAAGUACUGUUAUUCAAUUGUGAUCAUUGCAAAGGCGAUGCUAAAUUAUUUUCAGGCAGUGGAAUUAGUUAUAGAUGAUAGCUGACGUUUCAUUAUACGUGCGUCCGCACGUAAUUGUAUAAAGUUGUAACGCAUUAAUCAAACAGCAUAUAUGUUAUUGCUGUUGUUCAUAGACCUAAUUAGCAAACCUACCAUCGCGUCUAUAGUAUGUUGUACAUUAAUGUAUCGUAAUAUAUAUUAACACGUCGUAUUAAAUAACACGCCGGUUUAAAUGCACUGCGAUUAGUAAACCGAUGUACCAUACAUAGACGGCGUUAAGUAGAAAAACAAGUACAAAUGCUAUAACAUUUUCUCACACUUGUACAUUUUUAUGGAGUAAGUAGCAACGCUGAAGCGGCCGUAUCGGACGAGCUACAAAGGGUGGCUGCGUAAGCUAAUUAAGUGCAACGUGACCGAACACGUGGCGAAACAAACGCGUCGCUGAUACAGUAUUCAAUGCUGGAUGCGUUGUGUAUGAAACUUUGCGAAACGAAACGACAACGUACAAAGUCGAAUUGACGAUAAUAAAAGCGUAUUGAACAAAUUCAUAUGUAAUUAAUUCACGAAUGUAAUAAAUCAUUAUUACGAUUUCA